CUUUAGAAAAAAGAAAAAAAAAACAUCAUCAAAAACCAUUCACUUUUCCUCUUUUAAUCAUUGCUAUUGCUAUUGCUAUUUGCUUCUCCUUCAUUUCAUUGUUCUUCUUCAUUCCAACAUGGGAAAACAGAGCACCCCUUCCCCUGAAGCCACCACCAAAUUCUCUGCUCUCAACUGCAUCAACCUCUCCAAUCCUGACAUCAACCAAUCCGUGAAACUGCUCAAACAGGCUUGUUUGGAUUCUGGUUUUUUCUACGUUGUCAACCAUGGAAUAAGCCAGGAGUUCAUGGACGAGGUUUUUGAACAAAGCAAGAGAUUUUUCACCCUUCCUCUCAAAGAAAAGAUGAAGAUUCUCAGAAAUGAAAAGCACAGGGGGUACACCCCUGUUCUUGAUGAGCUACUUGAUCCAGAAAACCAAGUGCAUGGGGAUUACAAAGAGGGGUACUAUAUAGGAGUUGAAGUUGCUGAAGAUGACCCAGAAUCGCAGAAACCUUUUUAUGGGCCAAAUAAAUGGCCUGCACCAGAUAUUCUGCCGGGGUGGAGGGAGACCAUGGAAAAAUUCCAUAGAGAAGCAUUAGAAGUGGGGAAAGCAGUUGCAAAGGUAAUAGCCCUCGCACUUGAUUUGGAUGCUAAUUUUUUCCAUCAGCCAGAAAUGCUGGGUGAGGCCAUUGCAACUCUACGUUUGUUGCACUAUGAAGGUCAAAUUUCGGAUCCCUCGAAAGGGUUAUAUGGAGCCGGAGCUCAUACUGACUUUGGUUUAAUUACACUAUUGGCAACAGAUGAUGUCUCAGGUCUUCAAAUAUGCAAGGAUAGGGAUGCUAAACCUCAGAUAUGGGAGGAUGUCGCACCAUUGAAGGGAGCAUUUAUAGUGAAUCUUGGUGACAUGCUAGAGCGCUGGAGCAACGGUGUUUUCAAGUCCACGCUGCACAGAGUUCUAGGAAAUGGUCAAGAGAGAUAUUCUAUUGCAUACUUUUUGGAGCCUAGUCAUGAUUGUCUAGUGGAGUGCUUGCCAACCUGCAAAUCAGAUAGCAAUCCUCCCAAAUUUCCUCCUAUCUUAUGCCGAGACUACCUGAGCCAGCGCUACAAUGAUACUCAUGCUGAUUUGAAUGUUUACAAGAAACAGCAAGCCUAAGCCUGGAGAACUGCAUGUUGUGUUAGGGAUACAUUCAACACCUUAUUAUAUAGAUUUUGUUUAAGUAGCCGAUUAGAUAUAUGUUUUUUUUUUUUUGGGAGGGGAGUUUGUUUAGGGAAGGAGGUUUAGCUAUUCAGUUCAACUUUAAUAUAUUCACACUAAGUUUCUCUUCUAUCUCAUUUCCACUAAUUUUUUUCUGUCUAUCCCUCUUCUGUUUCUAUGAGCCAUUAUUCAUCAUAUCUCCCACUUCUGUGCCUUUCAUCAGAUUCAGUUUUGUUUUGUACUUGUUAUUUGAUCUAGAAAGUAAAUAUGAAGUAAUGUAUUACUUUUCAUUCAACGUUAAAUUUGGGAGUGAUAAGUCUUUUCCUAUUAAGUGGGUCGACUAUGCAA